UCAGUUGCCUGGGUGCCUUGACUGCUGACACACCAGUACUCCCCCACAAACAUAAAUACUACCAGAGACGUUCUCUCUCAUCCAUUCAUGGCUCCACAUCUCCUCCUUGUCCUGCGCAUCCUUUUCUUCCUCACUGGAGUCUCAGAUGCACAGAGUGUGUCCACAGUGAGUCAUGUGUCUAUAAAGCAAGGAGGCUCCAUCACCAUCCCAUGUCUCUAUAAUCAGAGAUAUAGAAACAAUGUGAAAUACUGGUGUAGGGGAUAUAAUUGGUUAGGUUGCUCUACUGUAGUACGCACUGACCAUCCUAAGACCAGUAGAAAGACCUCCAUCUCUGAUGACAUCAACCAGCGAGUCUUCACUGUGACCAUGACAAGUCUUAGUCCUAAUGAUUCUGAUUAUUACUGGUGUAUUGUGGAGAGGAAUAGCAAGGCAGAUGAUGGGGGUAGACUGCAGAUAUCUGUUACUCCAGGUACUCCAGAACUCUACGUGGACCAACAACAGAUGACUGGAGUUGUAGGAGGGCGUGUCACUGUGCUCUGUUACUAUAGUUCACAAGGAAGCAGUGGGAGGUGGUGCAGGAUGGGAGGCCCUUGUGUGGCUGGGGGACAUUAUGGGGCUUUAGAUGGAACAUGUGUGAAGUUAGUGCAGGAGGAGAGCCGAACCUCCAACGGUUAUGUCUUAAUGGUGACUAUGAGUGGAUUGAUGAUAGAGAACACUGGCUGGUACUGGUGCGAAAAGGGAGACCUACAGAUGCCUGUUCAUAUCACUGUCAAUCAACCAACCACAACACAGAGCACCACCACAACAACACAAACUCCGACCUCUCACCAAGGCUCACUAUACAGAUUUUACACUUCUCAGCCCACAGUCACCACUUCUGUUCCUACAGACCAGAACAAUGGGGGAACUGACGAGAUGCAACAAGAGAAGAACCAGAGAUUGGAACGCAUGUUUUUCUACCUGUUGAAAGCUGGAAGUGCACUGCUCUUCCUCCUGUGCACCAUCAUUGCUGUGGUGAAGUUCAGGGAAAACAGACAUCAAGAUGAUACCAAGGAUGCAUUGACACCAGAGAGUUGUUUCUGGAGAAAUUUACCAACAGUUUGCACCAAAUACUUUUUCCCCGAAAGAAACAACAACACACUGAGUGUACAAAACAUUAUGAAUGAGUCACGACAGUAAAUAUAAUAUGUUUCUAAACACUUCUACAUGAAUGUGCAUGCUACCAUGACCACGGAUAAUCCUGAAUGAAUAGUGAAUAAUGAUGGGAGAAAGUUACAGAUGCACAAAUACACCCAAGACAAAUACAAUAACAGAGGAGGUUAGCAUUUUUUGGAGGGUGGGAGGGGUGGUACGAUAUUUGUGCAUCUGUAACUUUCUCACUCAUAAUUUUUCACUAUUCAUUCAGGACUUUCCGUAAUCAUGGUAGCAUCCACAUUAAUGAAGUAGUGUUUAGAAAUGUAUUCUAUUCUUAUUUACAAUAAAAGUGACGACAAAAGUGAUGACACAUUACAUUACUUACCAUUCAUUUCUAUUGGGCACAAAAUAAUCUGAAACACAACCAUAACAAAAAGCAAAUGCAUCCAACACAUUUCUAGAGUCACAAACUUGAUGUAAUCAUUGCAUGCUAGGAAUAUGGGACCAAAUACUAAACUUUGGACUACUUUAAUAUAUAUACGUGAAUUUGUCCCAAAACUUUUGGUCCCCUAAAAGGGGGGACUGGGAACAAUCGGUUUUUGUAAUUUGUAAAAAUUUCACCCGAUAUGAAAGAAAAUACACUCAAAUUAAAAUUGACAGUCUGCAAUUUAAACUCACAGUAAUUGAGGUUAAAUUGCAGACUGUCAAAAUUCAAAGUGUUGAAGCACAGAGCCAAAAUAACAAAACAUGUGUCACUGUCUCAAUACUUCUGGAGGUCAUACUUUGGCCAGGUGAAUCCAGGUGAAUGUUAUGAUCCCUAAUUGAUGUCACUAUUUAAGAUGAAGAGGAGAAGACAGGUUAAAGAAGGAUUUUUAAGCAUUGAGAAAAUCGAGAUAUGGAUUGUGUACCCUUACCCUCUACAGGAUCGGUUGCAUUCCCUGUGGGAAGGUUGAGCUAACGUAGGCUAAUGUGAUUAGCAUGAGGUUGCAAGUAACAAGAACAUUUCCCAGGACAUAGACAUAUCUGAUAUUGAAAAAAAGAGGUGGAUCCUUAAGAGGUUUUAAGAGGGUGAAUGGGCAAGAUAAAAGAUUUAAGUGCCUUUGAACGGGAUAUGGUAGUAGGUAUGUGUCAAGAACUUUAAAAUGCUGCUGAGUUUUCACAUUCAACAGUUUCCUGUGUGUAUCAAGAAUCGUGUAUCAAGAAUCGUCCACUACCCAAAGGACAUCCAGCCAACUCUACAAAACUGUGGGAAGCAUAAGAGUCAGCAUCGGCCAGUAUCAUUGUGGAACACUUUCGACACCUUGUUGAGUCCAUGCCCUGACAAAUUGAGGCUGUUCUGUGGGCAAAGGGAGAGGUGUUUUGUGCAAUCAGUGUCUACAACUGUCAAUAGGCUUUACCUGUAUUUUUCCUUAUCGUAACCUUCAUUCUACAUUUUUGUAUACCUUCAAUAUUUAAUUCCCUCUGGGAGUAAGAGCUAUUCAUCUUCAUUCUUAGAUCUACGUGCAGUAUGCCAUGCUGUAAAUGUGGGUAUCAGAUUCUAUUCCCAACAACACAUUGUAUUUUUCUAUAUCCAAAAUGUGUCUAAACACCACACAUUAGCAAUAACGAUAUAUAUACUUUAUGUGUGUACUGUAUUUUAUCUGCACAUGAUGUAUGAUUCAUGGUUUUACAUAAUUAUUCCACUCAAAUGUGCAUGUGUUUUGAAAUGAAACUCUUGACCAAUGUAGUGCUGGCUAUUGGCAGUGUCUCUAACCCUUUUCCUGAUGGUUAUUUCUUAUGGUUUAAUGUAACAAAUCCCAGUUGUUGUGUACUGUUCCAUCAAUAAUUCUGUGUGCUAACUUGCUGGUAAACCUGGUUAAUAAAGAAACUCUACUGCUCUCAA